AUGGGUCGCCCUCUUUACUCUAAGGCUUACCAGACCGAUCCUAUCAUCAGAGAGCCACAGCCUCCCUGUCCAUACCAAAAAUGGUCAUAUAUCAAUACUUUUGACCCGGACUCUGAUGAGUUCUUUGAAAACGACCAGGCAGUCUACGAGGCCUUCAUUGACCGCGUGACUGUAGAACAUUCGGAGGAUGAAGAAGAGAUGGAGGAGAGAGAGGACAUGGUUGUCAUCAGACUAGAUAUCUCCGGCGAGGACGGUCUUAGCGACCGUGAUAGCCCAAUGGCUGUUGGCGCUGAUGACCCCGCCCAGUACAUCGCACAGGCCUACCGAAGGCAGAGAGUCGAGGCGGAAACGCCCAUUCAAGUUCGUCUCGCAACUCAUAGCACCCCUCGUGAAGUCCAGAGAGACACGUCAGCGUCACCCGAAUCAGUGACGCCCCCUCCACGGCCAGUGCGCCCCACGCAGUCACAUGGUAUCUCCCAUGGCGCACAUCUUGAACCUCGAGAUGAAAUCCCGCUUCCAUCCCCCAGCGCACCCAUUCCUGUUCCUGGCACGCGCUCCCAUCGCUCUUCAUCUGUUGAAGGGUUAUCUUUCUCCUCAUUCUACCACCAAAAUUCACCACUGACACCGCCUACGCAUCAUACACCCUUUAAUCAUUUUUCCCCAUCACCGCCUCCUACAGUCUCACCUCGUAUCUACACUUGGGCGUCCCGUCGCCAGACAUAUUCGGCCACCGGCACGAGUCCUCUCACUAACACCAACGCACGCAUGUCUCAUGCCCAUAUUUCCCCUGCACUCGUCCGUGUCUGA